AUGAUUCCAACAUGGAACCAAGGAUCCGCGUCCAACUUUCCACAAGUGCCCGAUUCUCUUCGUGCCGACUCUAUAGGAACGUCGGAACUACGAAAAACCUCUGCACCUCUAAAUCACGGCACACACUCACCAACACCAUAUCUGGGCCUGAAAUCUCGGCUCUCUCAAAUAUGGAUCAAUCGCUGGACAAUCCUGUUGAUCUUAGUUCUGGUCCGGAUGAUUCUUUUACUUGCCCGCCUGGACGAUAACGUGGGGGAUGCCAAGGCUAAAGCUCUGUCUGCUUGUUCCAAAGUGGAAGACGUGGGAAGUGCGAUGGCAUCCAUGCCACAUUACCUCUCUGCCGGUGUGAAUCAUCUUGCUGCGUCUAGCUUCGACAAAGCAGUGAGCGCCAUGGUCAAAGUAUUGGACAUGAUAAUUCAGGGUGUCGAAGCCAUAAUAAUAUUCUACAUCAACUUCCUCACGGCAACAUACGUGUGCCUCAUCACAGCCUUAGUGCACGGCAGUCUGGAAGUAGUCGCCUCCGUUACCAAAGAUGCUACCGCAGUUUUCAACAAAAUCAUCGACGGAGCCACAGGUGAGAUUGAGAACAUAGCCGGCGGCUUACAAAAAGCCGUAGGCAAAAUUAAAGACGGCAUUCAGAAUACCAUCUUCAACAAGUUCAACAUUGAUCUCCCUUCAAUUGACUUCUCCAAGCCAAUUGCGAAAUUAAAGGGUUUUGAUCUCAACUCAACGCAGUUUGUCACAGACGUGCAGAAACUGAAUAAAGAUUUGCCAAAUUUCGAUGGAGUACAAAACUUGACCAGGCAGGCAAUUUCUAUACCGUUUAAUUUUGUUCGAAAAGCUAUCAAUGACAGCCUGGGUAACUACAAGUUCAACGAAGAUAUCUUCCCCUUGGCACAGAAGCAACAGCUUAAAUUUUGCUCCGACAAUGACAAGCUAAAUGGCUUUUUCGACAAGCUAUUUAAUCUUAUCCGCAAGGCUAGAAUUAUUUUCGUCGUCGUCUUGUCCCUGCUUGCUGUUGCAGCAAUGGCGCCCAUGGCUUGGAUGGAGGUCCGAAGAUGGCGAAGGCAACAAAGAAAUGCUCAAAUCAUCGACAAAAACCAGUACGACUCCAUGGAUAUUGCCUACAUAGCAUCACGCCCAACGACGGCCACCUACGGCAUAAAGAUUGCGUCUAGGUUGAAAGGUAGGCGGCAGAUUCUCGCCCGAUGGUGCAUUGCAUACGCCACCUCCACACCGGCAAUCUUUGUGCUGUCCCUUGCCUUUGCCGGCUUCUUCUCCUGUUUUUGUCAGUACCUUGUCUUGAAAGCUGUUCAAAAAGAAGUCCCGGAGCUGGCAAAGGAAGUUGGCGCAUUUGCAGACGAUGUUGUCGGAAAGAUUAACCAAGUCUCGGCAAAUUGGGCAGCUGAUGCCAACGGAGUCGUCAAAGGCGUCAAUGACGACAUCAACAAAGACGUUCUUGGCUACGUGACAAAUGCUACCGGUGCCGUAAAUAACACGUUGAACGUAUUUACAAAGAGCAUGAAUAACGGCCUCGAGAAGGUUUUCAAUGGCACCAUUCUUCUCAAACCGAUACAGUCAGUUUUGCACUGUGUUAUUGGUAUCAAGAUUGAGAGUGUGCAGAAGGGGUUGACUUGGGUGCAUGACCACGCACACGUUGAGUUCCCCCUAUUCGAUAAUGAUACGUUCAGUCUUGGAGCCCAAAAGAGCAUAAACGGUGACUCGAGCGUUCGGAACUUUCUUGCGUCGCCUUCCUCGGCAACCACUGAUGAGGUAACUGAGGCGGUCAGCAAGGUCACGGAGAGGCUCUCGAAGGGCAUCGUAGAGGAGGCGCUGAUAUCAACUGGUAUCCUCCUCCUGUACGUCAUCGUCGUGUUGAUCGGAGUGACCCGAGCUCUGGCUGGCAUGGCAGUAGGUGGAGGCGACUCUGAUACCAAAAACUUGCGACAUAUCGAGCAGGAUGGAGGGGAGUAUAGCCACCAGUCGGGUCAGAUAGGUUCCGCUGUAUACCAUGAUGGCCGAGGCGAGAAGGUGAUAGUGUCCCGAGGCAGAGGAGAUGCUGAAGGCAGACGCACAAAUCAAGGUGAUUCAUUCGAGUAUGUUGACUUGAAGGGUCACCACUGA